AUGGCUACGAUUAAGGAUCUAGUCUACCAUUACCUCGACAUUGGCCGAUUAGGGCGUGGUGAAGUUGUCAAUCUUUUCCUCAAAGAUGCGGGUGUUGAAUUUAAGACCGUUCUUUAUCCGUGGGAUGCGACAUGGCCUCAGCAAAGCGAGACCUUGAAAAACCAGGGCCUCACUCGGACAGGCAAGCUUCCUGCGCUCGAAUACAAGGGCCAGAACCUCAUACAGCACAUUCCCAUUCUACGAUACCUCGCACGUGACCUGGGCGGAUAUGACGGGGAAACAAGCCAGGAGAAAUAUAUCGUGGACGCUGUUUCGGAUAUCUAUGUUGAUUGGAGAGCGAAAUGGGCUGCGAACCUAGGCGAAAAGAAGCCCGAGUACAAGGAUAAAUACGUGCCGGAGUAUUACAGCCUUGUCGCACAGUACUACUCGGAUUCUGAGGGGCCAUAUCUAUUGGGUGAUAAGAUCACCUACGUCGACUUCGCGAUAUACCAGUCUAUCGAUAACGAUCGUAGAACUGGAACGCUUCCGUCGGUCCUGCCAGAGGCUCUAGCUAAGCUCGAGGCGGUCUUUGAGAAAAGACCCAGAAUCGCCGACUACAUCAAAAAGAAUAAGUGA